AUGGCCAUUGACACUGUUAUUCUUGAUAUAGAAGGAACUGUGUGUCCCAUUUCAUUCGUUAAAGAUACAUUGUUUCCAUAUUUCAUCGCUAAACUUCCCGCCGAACUAGAUAAAUUCAAGUAUCCAUUGAAUCAAGUUGGCUCAGAUGAUCCAAUAAUCAGCAUCUUAGAUAAUUUACCUUCAAACAUAACUGAAUCAGCGCUGUCCAUCUACAAUUACUUAAAAAAUUUGGUUGAUUCUGAUAUCAAAGACCCAGUAUUGAAAUCAUUGCAAGGAUUGAUUUGGACUCAAGGUUAUGAAUCAGGUGAAUUGAAAGCGCCGAUUUAUCCUGACUCAAUCAAGUUUAUUGAAUCAUUCCCCAAUAAGCAUCACAAGAUUUAUAUUUAUUCCUCAGGCAGUGUUGGCGCCCAAAAGUUGUUAUUCGGAUAUGUUGAUAAUGGUUCUGAUAAGUCACUUGAUUUGAAUAAGAAAUUGAGUGGAUAUUUCGAUAUUACUACAGCCGGCCACAAAACAACAUACACUUCCUACUCAAGGAUCUUGAAAGAGAUUGGUAAAGAAGACGAUUCACAAUCGGUGUUGUUUCUUAGCGAUAAUGUGGAUGAAGUAAAGGCUGCUUUGAAAGCAAAUAUGCAAAGCUACAUUGUUAUUAGACCUGGAAAUGCGCCUUUAACAGACGAAGACAUACUGGAAUACAAGACAAUUACCUCGUUAUCAGAGUUAGAGAUAUAG